AUGGAUUCGCGCUCCGUCAGCAAUUUCGAGCUGAAAGCAAUCAAUGCGUGGGAUAAGCGUAAUUUUACGCGCGGCAUUAAGAGCCUCUUUCUCGAGUACUGCUCCAACAGCACGGUGCACGGUGUGAAGUACUUUGGCUGCAAGCGACGAACCCUGUUCGAGAAGCUGUGGUGGAUCGCAACCUUCCUGCUGUCGGUGUACGGUUGUGGCCGGCUGAUCCAGAACAUCUAUCGCAAAUGGGACCAGACGCCGGUGAUUGUGAGCUUCGCGGAAAAGUCCACACCGGUGUGGCAGAUCCCGUUCCCGGCCGUUACGAUCUGUCCGGAAACGAAGGCACGCAGCGAGUACCUUAACUUCACCGAUGUGUACUUCCAGAUGAACGAAACCUACCGGCAGGAAAUAGCCAACGAAACCUACGAUCGGUUCCGUGCGGUUGCGCAGGUAUGUGACGCGCACAUACUCAACGGUGUCAGCCUGAACCAGACGACCGAUCCGAGCUGCGUAGAUCUGCUCCGGAACGUGUCGAUGCCACUCCAGCGGGCACUGUUUUUCUGCAAAUGGCGCAACGAGGGUGGAUUUUGCGACGAAUUCUUCACGGAAACAAUCACCGAGGAAGGGAUCUGCUUCACGUUCAACUCACAGUCGGCCGGGGAGAUGUUGCGGCUGGACGAGCUGCACGAUGACUAUGAGUACAUAUCGGAGAAAAGAGAAUCCCCACUGUGGUCACUGGAGCAGGGCUAUGCGGAAAACACCGAUCUCAAUACGUACCCGGUGAGGGUACUGGGGGCCGGUGCCAGGGCCGGUCUGUACGUGCUGCUGAAUCUAUUCGAAGGCGAUACGGACUUUAUCUGUCGCGGACCUGUGCAAGGAUUUAAGAUCUUGCUGCACACGUCGAGUGAAUAUCCGCAGGUAUCGAAGCAGUACUAUCGCGUACCGCUCCAUCAGGAAGUGAUCAUAUCAGUCAAGCCGCAGAUGAUUACCACCUCGGCCGGAUUGCGCGAUUACACACCCGAACGACGGCAGUGUUUCUUCAACCACGAGCGCCAUCUGAAGUACUUCAAGGUGUACACGCAGCAAAACUGCGAGCUGGAGUGUAUCACCAACUACACGCUGCACCGGUGCGACUGCGUCAAGUUCUCCAUGCCGCGGGACGCGCGGACGGAGGUCUGUGGCGCCAGCAAGAUCCAGUGCUACAACGAUGCGGAGGACGAGCUGCUGGAGGAGGACGUCAAGUACAUCGUGGACAAAUCGUACGACUAUCGGGCGAAGUGCAACUGCCUGCCGGCCUGCACCUCGGUCCAGUACGACGCCGAAAUCUCGCAGGCCGAUCUCGACUGGAAGAGCAUGUUUGCCGCCUACCGGCAAUCGCUCGGCGAGAAUGAAGGGGCCCAGUUUGCCCGGCUGUCGAUCUACUUCAAGGAGGCACAGUUUAUCACGUCGAAGCGCAGCGAGCUGUACGGUGUGACCGACUUCCUCGCCAACUGUGGCGGUUUGCUGGGGCUGUUCAUGGGCGUGAGUUUGCUCAGUUUGGUCGAGCUGAUCUACUUCUGCUCGAUACGCCCAUUCACCAUACUGCGUGCGUACCGGGCGAAGCGACGCGAGUCGAACGUCUUCUUCGAACCGCCACCAAUAGUGGAAAAGGCGAAGGACUUUUAA